AUCAGAACAUCCAAUGCAAUGCUUUUAUGAACGUAAAAAGCUAUAUCAUCGUCCCUCUUUUACUGAAUGGCCAAAGAAUCUAAAAGAAGCAAGUAAUGAGAAUGAACCAAUCUACAUUCCAAAUAAUAAAGACAAAUUGAAAUCUCUUGAUAUUACCAAAGAACAACAAGGAGUCACACUUUUUCAG